AGAUUUAACUCUAGUGGGCUAAAACCACCACCGGCCUCUGAAUUGGUCAACCAAACCCUUUUUUUUUUUUUUCUAUUUCCUUCUACUUUCCCCCGUUUCAGACCGUUGUUGAUCACCAAAUCCUACAAUCCCGUCAUCGUAGAUCGUCUAAUCUUCCUAAAAAUCCUUUGCUUUCGAUUUGUUUCCUAUACUCGUCCAACAAGCUAAGGUUACGGCGAUUAGCCUCCUGAUCUCCACCGAAUUUCACCGUUUCCCUAACAAUUAUUUAAUGGAUCCAUCGGCGCCCAAUUUAUCAAUUUUGGCCUCUUUAUGUCUCGCCGUUGCCAUUUUUGGACUUUGCUGGCCGGUCGCCCAAUCUAAACCUGAAGAUGGAAUGGUGAUUCAGCAAAUUACCAGCAAAGAAGGCGGUGCGUGCGCCGGAGUCACUGCUCCAGCGUCAUGCCCGAUCAAUUGCUUCCGCAUGGACCCCGUCUGUGGUGUCGAUGGAGUGACAUACUGGUGUGGGUGUGCUGAUGCUAUGUGCGCUGGUACUCCGGUUUCCAAAUCAGGGGCUUGUGAACUGGAAAAUGGCGGCAGCGCUUCUCUUCCUCGUCAGGCGCUUCUUUUGGUCCAUAUUCUCUGGCUUAUCUUGCUCGGUUUUUCUUUAUUGUUUGGUCUUUUCUAAUCUGAAAGGAACAGAGUUUACAGUUGUUCUCUUUCCUUUUGUUCUUAUGCUGUUGUGUUGUAUGUGGCCGGGAUUGUUACAGUUAGGCAUUGUGCGAGAGAGAUUUUUUUCAUGUAUGUAACUUCUUUAAUUAAAUAACAAUUGCAUUAUGAUUCUUUGUA